AUGGCGAGCGUUGAAACGGCGAUCCCCACCGACCCGAUCGUCGAGAAGGACCUCGGCGAGUCGACCGCGACUCUGGUCGAAGCCGACGCAGAGCCCGAGGUCCCCAUGACCGCCGCAGAGAAGAAGAAGGCAAAGGAGAGAGCCAAGAAGAAGGCCAAGAAGCAGCAGAAGAAGCAGAGCGUCAGCUCCAUCGCACCGGAAGAGACCGAGGCUGAUAAGCCAGAGGCGACAGAGACUGAGGCUACCGAGCCUGAGUCUGCCGUUGAGACCCCUAAGGAGGCGUCUGUCGCUGAGACGGAGAAGCCCACAGAGCCUACAGAAGAAUCCAAGCCUGUGGAGGCCGAGCCAAUCGCAGAGGCCACCGCCGAACCCGUCGAAGAGUCAAAGCCUGCGGAAGAUGCUCCCGCUGAGACUGUCGAGCCGGUCACUGAAAAGUCUGCCGAACCGACAAUCGAAGAAUCCAAGCCUGAAGAUACCCCAGAGGAGGCCAAGGCCGCCGAGCCUGUCCCCGAGACUGUCGCAGAGCCCGCCGUGGAGGAGUCGAAGACUACAGAGGCUGCUGAGCCUGUCGAGACCCCCGCCGCAGAGCCUGUAGUGGAGGAAGCCAAGACCGAAGCUCCCGCGGAGGUCAGCACAGAACAGACCGCCGAGCCGGUUGAGACUGCGGAGAUUCCCGCUGCUGAAGAGCCCAAGGCCGAGGAGGCCACCGAAGUUCCGGAAAAGACAGAGACUGUUGCCGAGCCUGAGCCUGUCGCCGAGGCCCCAGCUUCGGAGCCCGCCACAGAGACCAAGGCCCCCGAGACCGUCCCCGAGACAGUCGAGGCUGCCACCGAAGAGCCCAAGACCGAAGAGAAGGUCGAGGCUGUUCCCGAAACCGCCCCAGUGACUGUCGAGGAAACUCCAGCCGUCGAGGCUACCACCGAAGAGCCCAAGGCCGAAGAAAAGGCCGAGGCUGUUCCUGAAAUCGCCCAGGAGACCCCUGCUCAGGCUACCGAAGAGCCCAAGUCAACCGAGGCCGAGCCUAUCACCGAAAAGGCCACCGAGACUGUCCCGGAGACUGAAUCUGUCGAGGAGCCCAAGGCCGCGGAAGCUGCCGAGCCCACCGAAAAGGUCGAAACCGUUCCUGAGACCACCGAGCCUGUCGUCGACUCUUCCGCCGAGCCUGUUCAGGAAGAGAAGGCUGUCGAGGCUACUCCUGAGGCUACCGCCGAGACCACUGAAGAACCUAAGACCACCGAGGCUACUGAGUCGGUUGAGGAGCCUAAGGUCGUGGAAUCCGAGUCUGCUGUGCAGGAGGCUACCGAGACUAUCGCUGAGGAGGUUAAGCCUGAGGCCUCGACUCAAUCUGUUGAGGAGCCUAAGGCCGAGGAAGCUAAGGUUGAGGAGGCCGAGUCCACCGAGAAGCCCGUUGAGGCCGAGCAGAAGGCGGAGGAAUCUGCCGAGCCUGUCGUCGAGGAGCCCAAGGUUGAAGAGCCUAAGGCCGAGGAAGCUCAGGCUGUUGAGGCUACACCUGCUGAGGAGAAGCCCGCUGAGGUUUCCGAGCCCGUCGCCGCAGCCGAAACACCCGCUGUCGAGGCCACAGAGACCGCCGAGGCUGUUGCUGAGCCUGCAGUGGAGACCGCUGAAGAGCCCAAGGCCACCGAGGCUGCGACCGAGGGUGCCUCUGAGGUUCCUGAGGUUGCUGAGGCGCCUGUCGCCGAGACCCCAGCUGUCGAGGCCCCCGUUGAAGAAUCCAAGCCUGUCGAGGAAGCUCCCGUCGAGCCUGCUGCUGAGGAGCCCAAGGCAACUGAGGAGUCCGAGCCCACCAAGGAGCCCGUGGUCGAGAAGACUGUUGAGGAGCCAGUCACCGAGGCCGAGAACAGCGCCGACACCAGCGUUGUUCCCGGUGAGACCGAGGUUGCUGCUGAGGAACCUGUUGUCGAGGCUGCCAAGCCCGAAGAAACUGUUCCUGAGCCUGAGGCCAAGGAGGUGGCCGAGACCCCUGCCGCUGACGUUCCCGCCGCCGAGGAAUCGAUUGCUGAGCCUGUCAAGGAGGCUGAGGUUGUCGAGGCUACUCCCGAGAAGACCGAGGAGCCUGCUGCCGCCGAGGUCGCUGCCACUGAGGUCACUGAGACCCCUGUCGAGACUGCUGAGCCUACCCCCGAAGCUGCUGCCCCUGUCGCCGAAACAACCGAGGCCACUCCUGCAGCUGAGGAGUCCACCGACAAGGUCGAGACCGCCGAGCCCGUUCAGUCCGAAGAGGCCACAACCAAGGAGAUUGUCGACGAGGUUGUUGCUGAAGUUGCCAAGACCGACGCUGCUGAGCCCGAGGCUCCUGUUGACUCUUCCAUCCCCGAAGCUGCUGCUGUUGCAACCGCCGCCGCUGCCGUUGCUACUGCGGCUGUGGCUGAGGAGAUUGCCGACGAGCCUGCUGCUGAGACCAAGGAGGAGGUCGAGGUCCAGGCUGAAAAUGCCGCUGAGGCAAUUGAGGAGGCUGUUGAGACCGCUGUUGAGACUGUUGCCGAGACUCCUGCUGAGGAGGUCAAGGAAGUGGUCGAGGAGCCUGUUGCUUCUGUUGAGACCCCUGCUGUCGAGGCUGCCGUUGAGGAGCCUGCUAAGAGACCCCCCGUUGCUGAGGCCGCUGUCGAAGAGCCUGUCAAGGCUGAGACUGAGGCUGUUCCUGAGCCCGUUGUCGAGACCCGCGCAGUUGAGGAGACUCCUGUCGAGGAAUCUGUCAAGGAGGUCGUGGUCGAGGAGCCUGUCGAGGCUGCUACUGAAGCCCCUGUCGCUGCUGUCGUUGCUGAGGCUGUUGCCGAGGAGCCCAUCGCUGAACAGGUUGUGGCAGUCGAAGAGCCCUCUACUGCUGAACAGAAGGUUGAGGAGCCUGUCGCUGUCACUGAGACAGUUGAGAUUGCCGCUGAGCCUGAGACCGUCCCCGAAGCCAAGGCUGAGGAGCCUGCUGUUGUGACUGAGACUGUCGAGACUGUCGCCGAGCCCGUCGCUGAGGCUGCUGAGCCCGUCGCUGUUGAAGAGACUGUCGAAGUCGCGGCUGUUCCCGAACCCGCUGUCGCCGAGCCCGCUGUCGAAUCUGAGGCAGCCGUCGCUGAGCCUGUCAAGGUUGAAGAGACUGUUGUGGCUACUGAGGCUCAGCCUGAGGAGGCAGCUCCUGUAGAGGAAUCUACUGCCAAGGAGAUUCAGCCCGAGGCCGCUGUUGUUGAGGAAACUGUCAUUGAACAGCCGGCCGCUGUUGAUGAGACUCCCGUUGAGACUUCCACCACGGAGGUCGAUGUGGAGGAGCCCAUUAAGGCUUCUGUUAUUGAACAGUCUGCUCCAGUGAAACCAGUCCUUGCUGAGGUUCCUGCUCAGGAUCCUACUGAGGUUGCGACCGUCGAAGCCACUGUCGAAGAGCCUGUGACCCAAUCCGAAGCCCCCGUUGUGGCUGAGGUUGUUGCCGAAGUGCCCGCUGAGGAGACUUCCAAGGCCGACGAGACCGUUGCGGAGCCCACCGAAGUUAAGGAAUCCGUUCCUGCUGCUGAGGAAACCCCCGCACCUUCCGAGCCUGAGGCGCAGAAGGAAGACACCGCUGUCCCUGAGGCCACUGAAGCCCCCAAGGAGGAGCAAAAGGAGGACACCGGCCUGAGCACUGAACUGCUCGGAGCUGGUGCCGCCGCCGCCGCCCUUGCAGGUGUUGGAGCCGCAGCUGCCGUUGCCUCUCACAAGGACUCUGAGUCCGCCGAAUCUUCCAAGGAACAGAAGACCACCGGCGCUGACAAGGAAUCUACCGAGACCCAGCCCGCAGACAGUAAGCCAGCACCGUUCUAUAACACGCAACAACCAUCCGCAAUGUCCUUCGAAACUGAUCCCGCUCUCGCAGCUCUCGCUGGUGACCGUGAAGCCUUGCUCAACAAGCUCAACCAGCCCUCUACCGACCAGUUGACCGCCGCUACUACCCAAUCCACAACUGCCGCUCCCGCCGCGGCUCCUGCUUCCGAGUCCGAGACUGCCAAGGCCAGCAAGGCACCUGAGCCCGCGAACGCCGACAAGGCCGACAAGCCUUCCGACAGCCUUUCUCCCAAGAACAAUGAUGAGGAUGCUCGCCCGCCGAGCCAGAACCGGUCAGUGACAGCUGUUUCUCUAAAUGGUGCCACAGACAAUUGGUUGAAGGCUAUCCUUCGCACUGUGUUUGGAGGCAUUUUCGGUACAAUCUUUGCACCUUUCCGCCGUGGAAAAAAGCCUUCAAACUAA